AUGCAAUGGCCGUUUAACUCUUCUAGCUCAGGGAAAGCGCCCGCGCCAUCCAAGCCUGAAGAAGAUGGCAAGGAUAGCAAACGCAACAAGCCCACCACGUGGAAUGACCUCCUCCCACAACCUGAUCCUCCGUUACAAGCCGCCAAGGAAUGGGCCCCUGUUUUCCUGACAACCGUUGUAUCACUGGGUGCAUUCAUCUUCUAUCAAUCCCGUCUGCGUCGGUUUCCCAGCGCGGGUCACAUUCAACCUGACUUAUUCAGGAAACGAACUCUGUUUGGCCGGGUCACUAGUGUGGGCGAUGGCGACAACUUCCACAUGUUUCACACCCCUGGAGGGAGACUUGCUGGGUGGGAUUGGUUGAGAAAAGUCCCUAGUACAAGAGCUGCACUGAAGGGCAAAACGAUACCUGUGAGGCUGGCUGGAAUAGACGCCCCGGAGGGUGCACACUUUGGUCGACCCGGUCAACCAGGUGCUAAAGAAGCCUUGAAGUGGUUGACUGAUUACAUCCUGAACCGACGGAUCUGGGCACGGAUUCACAAGCGCGACCAAUACGACCGAGUCGUCGCAACCGUCUAUGUCAGGCGGUUUCUGUUGAAGAAGGACGUCGGGCUAGAGAUGCUGAAACGAGGCCUGGCAACAACGUACGAGGCAAAAUCCGGGGUGGAAUGGGGAGGUUUCGAAGAAGUAUAUAAAGUUGCAGAGGCAAAAGCCAAGGCUAAGAAACUUGGUAUAUGGAGUGGUAAGGCAAGCGAUUUUGAGAGCCCCAGAGCCUAUAAGACUAGAGUCAAUGAGGCAGAACAGAAGAAGACUGGCUGGUUCUUCUGA